CGCCCCGAUCCCUCCGCGUCGUCCAUCCGUUCGUAACUUCCUCCAGCCUGCAAGUGAGAGGCACGCAGGGGAGAAAAACCCACGCCAGGGGGAGCCGUCGUCAUCAUCAUCGCAGCAGCAGCAGCAGCAGCAAGCGCGGCGACGAGGAGGAAAGGAGAAGCGGGGCGGCGAGGGCGACGGCCGUGCGUGCGGGCUGCUUUCUCGACGGCGGUCGCUGCGGCGGCGCGUUGCGGAUUUUAGAUCCGACCCUCGUCUCGUCGGCUUUCUUGCAAGUUAUCCAAGAUGGUUGCUCAGGAGUUCACCGUUGAUCUGAAUAAACCCCUCGUCUUCCAGGUUGGUCAUUUAGGUGAGUCUUAUCAGGAGUGGGUCCAUCAACCCAUUGUGAGCAAGACAGGGCCUAGAUUCUUUGAAAGUGACUUUUGGGAGUUCUUGACCCGUACUCGAUGGUAUGCAGUUCCUAGCAUUUGGCUUCCUGUAGUAUGCUAUUGCAUCUCUAUGUCUGUGCGUAUGGGCCACACAGCUCUUGAGAUCGGUUUACUGGUGAUUAUGGGCAUCUUUGUCUGGACUUUUCUGGAGUACUCUUUGCACCGUUUCGUUUUCCAUAUAAACACAAACAGUUAUUGGUGGAACACCAUACACUAUCUUAUUCAUGGAUGCCACCACAAACAUCCUAUGGAUGGCCUGCGGCUUGUCUUUCCGCCAGCAGGAACAGCUGUUCUUUGCGUUCCUUUCUGGAACUUGGUCAAGCUCAUUUCUACGCCUACUACCACUCCAGCAUUGUUUGCGGGUGGUUUGCUGGGUUAUGUGAUAUAUGACUGCACCCAUUACUACUUGCAUCAUGGACAGCCAGCCACUGACGUGCCACGAAAUCUUAAGAAAUAUCACCUGAACCAUCAUUUCCGUGUACAAGACAAAGGCUUCGGGAUCACUUCAACGCUGUGGGACAGAGUCUUUGGGACACUUCCUCCACCGUAUGUGGCAGAGAAAAAAAGAUAAAGCCAGUGACGCCAUUCGUUAUUUGUUAAUUAAUAUCUAGCAAGUUUAGGGGGAAGAUAUAUUUUAAGCUAAAAGCAUUCUUUCUUCAUCUGUCCAUUCACUUGGUAAGAUAUUGCGCUAACUUAUCUAUCCAUGCUUCCAAUCGUCACGGGCUUGUUGUGUUUUGUCCUUUCAGCAAUGUGGUGAAGAGUCCUGUGUAUAUGUCUCUGUUCUAUCAUUUUCAGACAAGGAAGUUUCCAGCAUUUAUCCAGAUGCAGUCUUGUCUAUCACUGAGCUUCUGCACGAUAUUGGCUUGGUUUUGCAUGUUUGGUGUAACCCAUGUGAUUGCAAUUAUUCAAGAAUUGUUUUUUAAUUAGUUAUAAC